AUGAAAUCGAUUCAUUCAGCUUUUUUUUUUUUUUUUUUUUUUUUUUUUUUUGUGCUUAGCUGUGAUUUGGUCACAGAGUCAAUAUACAACAGUGAUGUCACCACAAUCUUUUUUGUGGGAUUCCAAAACCAUGAAAUAAUAAAUGUAUUGCUCUUCCCAUUUUUCCUUAUUAUAUACUGUGUGACGAUAUGUGGAAACCUCUUGAUCAUUGCACUGGUGUCCUACUCUAAGGGUCUCCACUCUCCAAUGUACUUCUUCCUCUCCCAACUUUCUAUAAGUGACAUCAUGUUGUCCACAGAUGUUUCUCCUAACAUGUUAAAUGUUCUAUUACAUGAGGGGACCUCCAUAUCUCUUUCUGGCUGCAUGAUCCAGUACUAUUUCUUUGGUUUAUCGGAAACAUUUGAAUGUUUUCUUUUGACAGUGAUGUCCUAUGACCGCUAUCUAGCCAUCUGUUCUCCUCUUCAUUAUGCCUCCAUUAUGAACCAUGUGCUUUGCGUUAAAUUAGUUCUUGUAUCUUGGCUGUUCAGCUGCUCUGUAGCAUUAAUACUUACUCUUAGUAUGUACCAGUUACAUUUCUGUGGACUAAACACCGUCAACCAUUUCUUUUGUGAUUUGUAUCCUCUUAUGGAACUUUCCUGUUCAGACGUAUCCAUAAUUCAAAUGGAAGCCACAGUAUUGAGCAUUCCUGUGUUGGUGGUACCGUUCCUUGUGAUAGUAGUUUCAUAUACAUGCAUUGCUCUAGCCAUACUUAAGAUAUCCUCCAUUUCUGGAAGAGUUAAAACCUUUUCUACUUGUAGCUCCCAUCUGACAGUGGUGUCUAUAUUUUAUGGGACUCUAAUCACCAUGUAUAUGAUUCCAAAAAGAGGACAAUCACAAAUGAUCAGCAAGACUCUGGCUUUAUUAUACACUGUGUUCACUCCCUUCUUAAAUCCUUUCAUCUAUAGUCUGAGGAAUAAAGAUAUCAAGCAAGCUUUGAGAAAUAUUUUGUAUAAUAAAAGGGUUUAG